CAGUUAAAUUGACUUUAUAAUCAAUAAAAUAGAGGAACUGUGUUAUGCAGUCCAAACAUCUAGAAGCAAAACAACAAAGUAUCACUACUGUCUGAACGCUACUCAUUUAUCCGAGGAUCAAAUUUGUCCUACGAAAUGAAGUAUUUCACGAAGAUCAAUUCCAAAUGCACGAAUACCACAAUGACAAUGCCAAGGCACCCCUCAAAUCGACGCACCACUUUAUCUUCGCUCUCCCUCCUGGCAUCUGAACAACCAGGCCUAACAGACCUUCUGACUGACACUACUUUGACCAAGAGCAAAAGUCCUACGAACCUUUCGAGAAGACAAUGGAGAAUAAGAGGUGAUAUGUAUGUUCGAGUAGCUGAAGGACAUAGAGAAAAUAGAUAGCUGAGCUAUUCAACCAUUUUUGACGUUGUAUGAUAUUUUUCGUUUCUAUUUGGCUGAUCAGGCGGGCAAAACGGAAACAACCUUAAUAAAGCAUAUAAUCUGGAUGCGCAAUUAAGAAAAUUGUUAUUAAAGCCCAUCCAGCACAGUGAACCUAUUAGAGGGGAACUGGAAUGAGAAAAUUACUCCGGGGAAAAUAGGUUGCUGAUGACGC